GGGAGGGAGAGAGGGGACCGCAGGUUUACGCUCUCUGUAUACCAAACAUGUGUUGCCUUCACUCAUCCAGCCACCCAGUCUACCAUCAAUCCAGCCAUCCAGCCAAUUAUCCAAUCCAGUCAGUCACCUAAUCAGUCAGUCAGCCAAUUAACCAGUCAGUUAGCCAGUUAUCCAGCCAACCAGGCAAAGCAUUCAACCACCCAGCCAGCCAUUUAGCCAUUCAGUCACCCAAUUAGCUAUUCAGUCGUCCACCCAGCCAGCCAGUCACCCAAACAUCCAGCCAGCUAGCUAACCAGUCAGUCCAUCCAGCCAGUCACUCAACCGGCCAGUCAGUCAAUAAUCAGCCAGCCAUCCAUCACCCCAGCCAAUCACCCAGCCACUCAGCCAGUCACCCAAUCAGCUACUCAGUCAUCCAUGCAACCAGUCAGCCAGUCAGCCAUCCAAUCAUCCAACCAGUCAGCUAGCCAGCCAACCAGUUAUCCAGCCAUUCAGACAUUCAUCUAACCAACCAGCCAGUCACUUAACCAACCAGUCAGCUAGCCAGCCAGACAGCCUCGACCCUGGCGCGCAUUCCCGGGAGCAUCGCGGGUCCCAACUUUCACGGCGGCGAUAUAUAAGAGCGGUGCGUGCGGGCGUGCGCGUUUGUUUGUGCUGCGCGUUGCUGGAGAAAGGCAGCGGUCGCGGCAGCACCUGGUAAGGCAAGACGUUGAGUGGCGCUUACCGGUGAAGGACGUGAAGGAUAUCUUGAAGUCCUGAAGGGAGUGGUGUGUCCUGGACGACCUCAACGACCACCACGACCAUGAUGAAGGUGGUGCUCCUAGCGGCGGUGGCCCUGACCGUCGCGGGGAUGCCUCAGAGGGAGGAUGAGCGGCACAGGAUCCAGAAGAGAGCUUAUCCGCCAGCUGCGUACCCGCCGCCGCCGCCGCCACAGCCACACCCACAUCCACAGCCGGGCGGCAAGGGUGGAAACAAUAAGGGUGGUGGUUACGCCGGCCUCUUCGGUGGCAAGGGCGGCUUCGGCGGCGGUAAAGGAGGUGGUGGUGGCGGAUACGGCGGCAUCUUUGGCGGCGGCAAGGGCGGCAUCUUCGGCGGCGGUAAAGGCGGUGGCAAGGGCGGCGGUGGCGGGGGUGGCGGCUAUGGCGGCGGCUAUGGCGGAGGCUUCGGCGGCGGUAAAGGCGGCGGCAAGGGCGGCGGUGGCGGGGGUGGCGGCUAUGGCGGCGGCUAUGGCGGAGACUUCGGCGGCGGUAAAGGAGGCGGCAAGGGCGGUGGUGGUGGCUACGGCGGCAUCUUCGGCGGCGGCAAAGGAGGCGGCAAGGGCGGCGGUGGUGGCUACGGCGGCAUCUUCGGCGGCGGUAAAGGAGGCGGCAAAGGAGGUGGUGGUGGCGGCUACGACGACGGCGGCGGCAAGGGAAUGUUCGAUUUCUUCAAAGGCUUCACCGACAUAUUCAGCUUCGGCAGCAAAGGAAAAGGUGGUCGCGACGAAGAGCCCCAGCACAUCUUUGUGUACGCCCAGGCCCCCCCUCAGCAUUAUGGCCCCCCACCUGAGGUCUCCUAUGGUCCCCCUCCGUCCCCACCUAAGGCUUCUUAUGGUCCUCCUCCUAAGGCACCCAAAGCUUCUCAUGGUCCUCCUCCCAAGGCCCCCAAGGCUUCUUAUGGCCCACCUCCUCCGCCACCUAAGGCUUCAUAUGGACCCCCACCCAAAGCACCUAAGGCUUCCUACGGCCCACCUCCUCCCCCACCCCCGGCUUCAUAUGGUCCUCCUCCUGAGGCUCCCAAAGCUUCUUAUGGGCCUCCUCCUCCUCCUCCUCCUCCUCCUCCACCUAAGGGUUCAUAUGGCCCUCCUCCAAAGGGUUCUUAUGUCCCUCCUCCUUCUCCUCCAAAGGCUUCCUAUGGCCCACCACCUCCUCCACCUAAGGCUUCUUAUGGUCCUCCUCCUAAGGCUCCCAAAGCUUCCUAUGGCCCUCCUCCUCCCCCACCUAAGGAUUCAUAUGGCCCUCCACCCAAGGGCUCCUACGUACCCCCUCCUUCCCCUCCCGAGGAUUCCUAUGGACCUCCUCCCCCUCCCUCCAAGGGCCACGACACACCCCCACCUGUGUAUGGCGCCCCCAAGCCAGUGGACAUAGUGGUUCCUCAGGAGUCCUACGGGCCACCUCCACCCCCUCCUGAAGCUUCCUAUGGUCCACCACCACCACCACCACCCCAGGAAACCUACGGACCACCACCACCACCACCGCCUCCUUCAGACAGCUAUGGCCUGCCCUCCGAUCCCCUACCAAUAGAAUCCAACACCUAUUCAGUCCCCCCACCCCCUCCACCUCUUUACUCCGGAGACUCUGACGGCCGUGUGUCCAACCAUGUUCAAAAGGGCAGUUUCGUCCCCCAGGGGUCUCCUAUCACCCCCAACUACAACAGACCCCUUCCUUCCAAGCCGGACUGUGAGGCCUGUGAUGUGUUCCCCUGGAUCCCUGUGGAAGACGUUGCCGCUGCUCCUCAGCCUAUACCGCCCACAGUGGUGCUCCCCAUUGCUAAGGAUGAUAUUCAUGAUGGUGCACCUGCUCCUAUUGAUGUCUACCCUCCUGGAGAGGCGCCUCUCUUUGAUAUUCGCUCGCCACUUGACAAUGUGGUUUCGUCGAGCGAUGGAGGAUCUCAGGAAGCAAUCUUUAUCACCGGAGACGUGGCCACUGAGACUCGAGACCCACGCAUGGACCUCACGACUCACGGCUCUGACGGUGACCUGAUCGCUACCCAGGCCGUCCUUGACGAGGAUCCUCUCUUUCUUGAGGACGUUGCGAACGAGGACUUUGACAUCGUGACCCUGAAGGAUGUGAGGAGUGUGAUUAAUGGGCCCGCCGUCACCACCACCGACUUCAACACCGACCCAGCAACCACCAUAGUGGAACAGAACACAGUGCAAACUUACAAGGAACCAGCGCCGGUCGCAGGACCCAGCGUGACUAGUGCAGUCCUGGACGCCAAGUUCGAGGGGAUCCCUGUGGAAGAGGAUGUGAACUCCAUUGAAAUUGUAGGGCCUGUGGAAACUGUGGCACCCGCUCCCGUCUCACAGAUCUCUUACAAUGACGGAGGCAGCCAGAUUAUCAACAUUGGAGAGCCAGUCUUCGUGAGUCAGUCCACGGGCGAGGCGCAACUUGGAGGGAGUAUCGACUUUUCCGAGCCUGUGUUCAAAUCCGUCUCGGAGCCUCAGUUCAUCUCAGUUUCGGACCCCCAGUACGCAUCCCCACCCGAAGUCACCAGCCUGGUGACUGCGACACAGCCUGACGCUGGCAUCGAUCUGAGGGUCGCUCAGAAUCCCAACCCCAAAUACUCGCAACCUCUGGAGGCUGGAACGCAAGGUGGAGCGCUGCAUGAGGUAGCGGCCCCUAAGAUCAUUCAGCGGGACGUGGGAGUGGAAGUCGUGAACCCUGGACUCCCUCAGUUUGUUGACCAGACGCGAGGUGACGCUGGCGACAGUAUAUUUGUUGAGGUCAGCGAACCACAGUUCAAGUCAGUUUCCCAGCCAGAGUUAAUCUCAAUCUCUGAGGCGAAUAUUCUUUCUGCUGGGCAGUCCUCGCCAUCUGUAGGUGUACCGCUGCCUCAAACUCAGGGGGGUACAGUAACCCAGGCUGAGCUGACUAACGCCUUUCCCAACAUCAAAGAGUUGAAUGUGAACACAGUGGUUGGUGCCCCGGUGUUCGUUGACUCAUCGCAGGGACAAGCCGGCGAGUCCCAGUUUAUAUCCCUGUCAAGUCCCCAGUUCAAGACUGUGAGCCAAGGGCAGACAAUAUUUCAGUCUGAGCCUCAGAUAGUGAGUUUUGAUGAUUCUCGUGAGUCUCAAGAAGUGAUCACCAGUGGAAGUUCAGUCUCUCCCGGAAAUCUCAUCGCAUCAUUCCAGUCGCAGAUUGGCGACCCAGUGCUUGUUGAUUCCUCACAGGGACAAGCUGGACAGUCCCAGUUUGUGUCCCUAUCCAGUCCCCAGUUCAAGGGCGUGAGCCAAGGGCAGACAAUCUUCCAGUCUGAGCCUCAGAUUGUUGGUUUUGAUGAUUCCCAUGAGGUGGUCACUGGUGGAGGAUCUGUCUCUUCUGGAACCCUUAUUGGAUCAUUUGAGACUGAACCGGAGCACGAUUCCUUUGAUUCCCAAGAGUUUGUGACUGCUUCGCCAGGUGCUUCUGUUUUGUCUGGUAAUUUGGUGGGAUCUAUCACCAGUGGCGUGUCGCUGCCUCAGCCACUACACACUGAUGGCCACCUUUCACAGGAACCUUCUGUCCUGCCUGCAAACUUGGUGGGGCAAACGUUUGGUAGUCACUCAGUGUUACAAGAUCACUCAGACAGUGGAGAGUCAUUUACCUUUAUUCAGGAGCCCUCUGUCAUACCAGGAAAUCUCAUAGGUCAGUCCAUCAGUGGUCCUCCUUCGGUACGCGAAGACCGCUCUCAUGAUGGCAAGUCCCUUGGUUUUUCCCAGGCCGCUGUUGUAUUACCAGGGAACUUAGUGGGUCAGUCAUUCCACACCCAGAACGAUUUUCACUUGUCCCAAAAACCCCAAUUCUUCAGUAGCGGAGACUCUGUUCUUGCUGGACACCUUGUUGGGUCUACCAUUGGCCAGUCCACGAACUUAGCCACUGGCGGUUCUCAGUCCCAGUUCACGGAAAGCUUAAACUCAGCACUUGAAGCGUCCGGCGGGAGUGCGAUCACCGCGGCCCAACCACUGUUCGUAUCCCAGCCUGAGUUACUCGAGUCCACCUUCUCCUCGGCCCUCAGCCAAGACUCGGUGGGCAUUCCCCUCGCGGCCGCCUCCCCGCAGGUCAAAACACCAGAUAUGGGCUCGCUACCACUUGCAGAUUCCACCUUGUUCUCCCCGUCCUCCCCCUCCUUCCCUCCCUUCUCCGGAGAUCUAGAACCAGUCAACGUGGUGCAAAACAAUGAACUGGUGCAGCCGCUCGACCAUGCCCUCCCAGACCCCAUCCACACAGACGCUUCUGUAGCUUUGAAUCCCGGUGAGCCGGUGACGCAUAACACAACAGAGCCUCAGCCCUUCACUCGCAGCGUGCAACCUCAACAGUUUGGCUCCCCGCUGCCAGGACUUAACCAGCUUCCCCAGGAUGACUCAGGGAUUCACUACUCAGCCCCAGGACAAACGGUGCACAUAUCGUUCGGUGGCUCAAAGCCUAAGAGCGAGGUUCAGGUUUCACACUUUGCCAGGUCCAACGCUGCGGAGGAGAAUCCCCGGCCACCCCGAGGGGCUAGUCAGGGAGCCAGUGGUGGUGGUCUGGUCAACGCUAUCACUUUUAGACCCGCCAAAUCCACGACGAAGCAGGAAAAAGAGGAUGACGUGUCCACCACCACCACAAGUCCCACCAUCACCACCACUGUCACCACCAUCACUGAGGCAGACACCACCACCACUGUCCCCACCACCACCACCACUAUUAUCCCAUCACGCCUAGACACAAAAAUACGCUUUCGUCCCAUCCCGAAGAGGCCCUUUGCUCCCUCCUUCCCUCCACUAACCAAGGAAGGAAUUCGUCACUUGGGCAAAGUUUCCUUACGGCCAAACUUCUUCAAAUCCCAGAACUCAGAGGCAGAGGACAUUCCAGCAACGAAUUCCAGCCAAGCCAACGAAGAGGAAGCGACGCCAGUGAGUGAAGGAGAGGCAGAGGAAAGCACCACGGAGGCAGCACCUGUGUUGGGCGGCGUCCCCAGCACCACGGAUAGCACCACUACCACCGUCACCAGCACCAGUAGCAGCACCUCAAGUAGCAGCACAAGAAACAACGGUGGUUUUGUGUUCCCCAAGAGGCGUAACGUAACCUUGCCCUUCGGUGCCCGUCUGGCCAGACGCAGACGCCCCCUGCUUACUAACAAGUCCUCUGGUAAUUAACUAACACCUUUAUUCCUCCUCCUCCUCCCUGAGACCCUGCUGCUGCUGCCACUGCUUGACUGCUGCCCGAUGCCCUCCACCUCCCUGCCCUCACCUCGCUUCACCUCUCCCCUUCCUAGUGUGCCCAACACUCACUAAAUAGGAAAGAUCGUAUACUCAAACAUUUCGUCUCCCUUUCAAAACAACUUUUCCAGGGCUCUCGUAGAAAUUAUUGGGGUUUUUUUCAAGAAUGUUUACAUAAUUCUGGUUAUAGUAAUGGAUUUUGCAGCAUCAGUAGAGGAAAAAACACUCUUGAGAACCCCACUUAUCUGUGGUCUCUAAAAAAUGUCUUAUUGGAAGCCAGAAACGUGUAAGAAUAUCACUAAUGAUAUUACAACUAGGUAAUGAAUGGUAUAAUGAAGCUACUAAUCGUUCAAAUCUCCAGGCAUCCUCUCCUCAGCUUACUAAUGUCAUCUUCUCCCACCUGUUUGAUUAAUACAGGUCACCCUCCCCUGCCAUAACCUCAAAUCUUACCCUCCCAUCCUCUUCCCUCCAUCCCCAGCCCAGCAAACUAACCCCAACCACACCUCUAUUCCCCGGCCGUCCCCAGCCUCCACCACAGCAGCGUCCCAGCAAAAGCCUCGUCCUCCUCCUCGUCCUCGGCCCUCCACUCACACCCACACCCACUCAACCACCAACAAGAAUCUGCAUCCCGCACCCCAGCACCAGUCCCGCGCCCCACGCACCGCCUUCGCUAACAUACCACCCCCGAUUUUGUCCCCUUCCGGCAUCCCUCUGGUGGUGGUUCCUGUCAAUACCCCCUCGACUCCUGCCCCAAAAAACCCUCCUCUCCUCCCAAGUCGAAGUCUCCUCCCUCCACCAGUGUUUCCCGAACCCAGGCCGCCUCCGUCACUACGCCUCCAGCCGCUCUUCGCCCUACAGGAGCUUAGCGGCUCCUCUAACCAAGACGACUCCAUACCUGAAAGGCGUGACGCGGUGGUCAGUCACACGCCAGCAUUAGACACUGGAAAAGAUGAGGCUGCCCUGAUACUACAGUCACUCCAGGGUUCACCCAGGGACAGAACACACAACACUGGCCCCUUAAACAUGUCUGACUCUCCCUGGGUGCCUCUCUAUCCUCUUCCCACCACUACCAGGCCAGGCAAACAGUCAAAGGUCCCUCAGUCCACCGACAGCAAGUCCCUCGCCCCUCCUAUUCCACCCAGCCGCUCUAGCUCAGUCAAGGCUUUGCUUAAGGCACCCCAGCGCUCUCCCGGCAAGGACCCUGAGGAGGAUGCCAUCAGGGACGCCAUGAUUGAACUUCAGAGGCUUAACUAAUACGAGAGGUUCAACUAAGAGGCUCAUCCAUUUACUCAUCCACCCACCCACCUACCUCCGCGUGUGUCUGUAUAUAUAUGUAUGUCAUGCUUGACCAGUCUAUAUAUUUUUGUUUUCCUGACUCACUCCCUCACUCACUCACUUAUUCUUAAUUUAUUACUUUCUAAGUCUCUCACUCUCAUACUUGACUUAUUUCUCUCCCUCCGUCACUCACUCACCCACUCACUCACUCACGUCCCGGUGCAUUCAGUAUUCACUCAUCCUUCCCUCUCUCCCUCCCUCACUCACUCACUUACAUCCCGGUGCAGCCAGCCGGUAACUCCUUCACCCAUACCCGUCCUCCCGUCCUCCCUUAAUUCUUCCGCGCCCUCACAGCCCCUCGCUCAAACUUCGCGGCGCAAUCACCUAGCCAAGCAACAGAGUCUUCGGGGGAACAAGCGCUCAACCAAAAAAAGGCUGCUUCUAUUUAAGUCCUCCCUUAGCCAGUUGCCCAAAGAAUUGAUGUCAGAUUCCACAAAGCAAGUCAGGAUCAGACACUUAACUGUGCCUCUUCCUUCUGCCGCUUCUCCUGUUCUUCUUGGUCUUUAAGGAACUCCUGAUAUACGUAAAGCAGUUCGAUUUAAUACAUAAAAUUAACUAGGAUUUGCUGACAUCACUUCUCAGGGGAGACUGUUGUACGUGUAACACAGGAUGUAAACUUAAAUCAAAACCACAAUGGUGUGUUUUAUAGUUAUGUUAAUACUCAUUUUUUUUUUUUUUUUUUGUAUCGUGUUUUUACUGCAACUGGCACUGUGGCGGACGAUACUAGCUCGACACGAGAGUAUGAUAGAAACCACACCACACCUGACCGAAUCGUUAAUUAAGUGCUUUCCCUCUCGGGUGAGGCACUACAGGUAACGAGACCAAUUAGUGAAUAAUACUUAGAAUGAUGAACAAACGAAGAGUUUAUUAUUUACACUGCGCUGGAAUUCCGUACAUGUUUCGUAGUAUUAUUAAUAUUUUCUCUUUCGUUGUACAGUUCGGUUUCAGAACUUUCUUCUCUCUCGGUCUCUCUCUCCCCCUUUCGUUGUGUUGUGUUGUGUAUGUAUGUUCAAAAUAUCUUUGAGCUUUUUGCCCUUAGCUUUUCUUUUUCUUUUUUUUUAUAAUGCUAAUGUAAUUUGGCUAAAACUCAGUAUUUUUUUAAUAUAUAUUUCAGAAUUCGUCUGUAGGUACAAUUUUGUCAGUAAACUACCAUUAUUAUUGGAGUGUGUGUGUGUGUGUGUGUGUGUGUGUGUGUGCGUGCGUGUGUGUGUGUGUGUGUGUGUGUGUGUGUGUGUGUGUGUGUGUGUGUGUAACGAGAGAGAGAGAGAGAGAGAGAGAGAGAGAGAGAGAGAGAGAGAGAGAGAGAGAGAGAGAGAGAUGUAAUGUGGUAGUUGGUGUGUGUGGGUGCGUGCGUGCGCGCGUGUGUGUGUGUGUGUUUGUGUGUGUGUGUCAGCACGUCCAGCCCAUCAGUGUCAGUCAGUGUUUAUCAAUAAGUGUGUUUUGUUGUGCUGCCGGUCAGUGCAUAAGCCAAGGUUGUCUCUUGUCUCUUUUGUAAAUAAAAAGUACAAAUUGUA